AUGACUUCUCAAUACAAAAAAUUCACUAAAUUAAUUGCAAAGUGGCCUAUAGAUAACAAUAAGGGAGAGAGAGAUCUCGGGAAGUUUAUUCGUGAUAAAGUCAAAACUGCAUUUGAAGGUGGAAAUUUAAAGAAUUUAGAUUCAGAACUUUGCACUCGUCAGUUAAACUCGUUAAAUAAAAUAGCUGACAACCAUUACAAAAACAAGUAUAAGAGGAUUCAUGAUAGUUCAGCCACGGGAUUAAGUUCAGAGGAGUGCAACCUUGUUUUAUCUAGUGAAGUUCUGCAAUAUUUAAAAGAAGAGAACAAGGUCUUAUCGAGACAUCAACUUCACACAAAAGCAAUGAAAUAUAAAGACCAUACUCCUGUUAUGUUAAAUGAAGUAAUGAAACAUUUAAAACCGAGUGACAAUGAACUGUACAUUGACAUGACUUUCGGAGCCGGUGGACAUUCAAGAAAAAUACUCGAGUCAGCAAAUUGUCAACUUAUUACACUUGAUAGAGAUCCAACUGCAUAUGAGAAAGCUAGGAAACUGGCUGAGGAAUAUCCAAAAAGGGUCAUACCACUAAUAGGAAGGUUUAGUGAAUUGCCGGCGCAAUUAAAAUCUAUAGGUAUUAAACAGUCCUCUAUAGAUGGAAUCUUAUUUGACUUUGGAUGUUCUUCAAUGCAAUUAGAUAAUGGAGAAAGAGGUUUCUCACUUAGUAAAAAUGGUUUCCUAGAUAUGAGGAUGGAUGCAGGAAGAGAUCCAAGCCAAAUAACAGCAAGAGAAGUCCUGGCGACUGCCGAUGAGCAUGAACUAUACAAAAUAUUCAAAAUAUAUGGCGAAGAAAAGAAAGCGGCGAAAAUAGCUCAAACAAUCAUACAAGCGAGAUAUAUGAUCAAAAGUAUAGACACCACAAAAGAAUUAGUUGAAAUUGUUGACUCCUGCUGUCCAGAUGAAGUGAGAUUAGAUAAAUUACAACGACCACAAUCCAAUGCCACCAAAGUAUUCCAAGCUCUGAGAAUUUUUGUUAACAAUGAAUUAAAUGAAAUCAAUUACGGCAUGAUUUUAUCAAAAUAUUAUUUAAAAUUAAAUGGGAGAUUAGUCACUCUUUGCUUUCACUCUCUCGAAGAUACUAUUGUUAAACGCCAUAUACAUGGUAACAUCAUUAAUGAGACGGCAAACCCUGUACCUCUAAGAUAUCUAAGUCCCAUGUUAGUACAAGAUCAGGACACCAUAAAUCAAUUCCUGGACUCUCCGUGGAAAGCCAUUAAUAAACAUGUAGAAGUUCCUUCUGAAGAUGAAGUAGACAGAAAUCCUAGAAGUAGAAGUGCCAGAUUAAGGGCCGCUAUCAAAAUUAAAUGA